AUGAGCACUUCCAGCUUGAAUUACACUCCCGUUGAUGAUAUAGACGACAUCGUUCUAAGCACCAAGAAAGCCUACCAAAAGAGACAAUGGCACCUGGCAGAAACCAACAACCCCAAGAAGGAAGAUCUCAAACUAAGACUGGAACAACUGCAGAAACUAUACUACGGCUUGAAAGAUCAUGAAGAUGAGAUUGUAGAUGCCCUGAAAAAGGACUUCAAUCGCAGCAGACUAGAGACGUUUGUGAUCGAGUUGAUCCCGCUUUACAACCACCUUUUACAUUUGAUUGAAAACCUGCCCCGUCAUAUUGAGCCCGAGAAGAUUUCCGAGUCUGGGGAUUUGUUCAAAUUGAGCUCUGUCAAAGUUGAACGCAUUUCGCUGGGCUGCGUGCUGGUCAUCUCGCCUUUUAACUACCCCGUUUUGUUGGCAUUGGAUCCAGUUGCUGCUGCCAUUGGAUGCGGAAAUUCGGUCAUUUUGAAGCCCAGCGAGCAAACCCCAGCUGCUGCUCAGGUUAUGGAGAAAAUUCUUAGAGCUGCACUCAGUCCUUCGUGGGUUAGAGUUGUUCACGGUGCUGUGAACGAAACCAGUGCACUGAUCAAAAAUCCAAACUUUGACAAAAUUUUCUACACUGGGUCUACAAAAGUUGGGCGUAUCGUUGCUCAGGAAGCUGCCAAAAACCUUGUUCCUGUUACUCUAGAGCUGGGUGGGAAAUCUCCUGUGUUCAUCACAGAGCAUCUUGCUCCGGCGAAAUUGAAAGCAGCCUUAAGCAGAGUCUUUUUCGGUGCAUUCAGUAAUAGUGGUCAAACUUGUGUUGCCGCAGACUAUUUACUCGUGCACGAAUCCCAUCUCGCACAAGUCCGUAAACUGACGACUGAGGUCCUCGAUGAAUUUUGGCCCACUGUGGAUCCAAGCACAAUCAAUACCUCAAUGAUUCACGAGGCUGCGUAUAAGGGUGCCAUGGAGAAGUUGAACGCUACAGGCGGCCAGAAAGUGCGGCCCACAAAUGUGAGUGACAACCUUCCCAACAGAUGCAUAGCACCUACAGUCGUCUUCGACGUUGGUUGGGACGACUCUUUAAUGGAAGCAGAAAACUUCUCACCUGUGUUGCCUGUGAUAUCGUACCGCGAUCUUAAUGAUGUUGUUGCGAAAGUGAUGCAACAACAUCGCAACCCGCUGGCCUUGUACAUUUUCUCUCAGGAACAACAGGAAAUUGACAGAAUAAUGACAAUGAUCAAAUCUGGAGGUUGCGUGAUCAAUGAUACCAUGGUCCACGUUAUAGCACUAGAUGCCCCCUUCGGAGGUAUUCGUGAGUCGGGUCAAGGCAACUAUCAUGGAUUUUGGAGCUUUUCUGCCUUCACACAUGAAAGAACGGUCGUCAAGCAACCCUUCUGGAUCGAGUUUAUCAACGGAGUAAGAUACCCACCUUUCUCAGCCAGAAAACUCACAUUGGCACGCGCAGCAAUGGAGAAAAAACCUGGGUUUAGAAGAGACGGCUCCAAACCUUGGCCAUUGGGUAAACUUGUCCUCAUGUCUUUUCUAGUCAUUUUUGUCGCUAGAGCACUGCAUUUCAUGUGUUAA